CGGCCGCCUCACCCCGCACGCACACGGCACGCACACACCACAUUCCACUGCCCCGACUCACGCGCGCCCGCCAUUGCUGUCCCGGCCACUUCGCUUUCUAGCUAGCUCUCUUGUCCCUUCCAUCACUAGCUAGCCCGCCUAUAUCAUCAUUGCCCUGCGCCGCACGCUGCUGUGCUCUUCUCGACUACGCGCCAACAAUGGAGAGGUGGGCGCCGCCGUCGGUGGUGCGGGAAAAGCCGAGGAGGCGGCCUGGCCAGCCGUCCUUCUCGUCGACGCUGCUGGACGCCAUCUGCGACUCCUUGGACGAGCAGGCCGGCGGCCAUGGAGCGACGGCAGCACCAACGCGUGGGAGCGCCAAGAAGCAGCAACAGGCGCCCCUGCAUUACUACUACUACUACAAGCCCUCCUUGGCGGCCAGCAACCGCGCGGCGCGCGCGGACGACUGCUUGUCCGGCCGUGGGUACUUCUCGUCGUCCGAGGUCGAGUGCUCCCUCCGCCGCCUCCGCCCCAUCCGCACCUCUGGCGGCGCCGGGCCGGCCUCGGUGGCUCCCGAGGAGAAGCAACAGCUGGCACCGCCUGGUGCAGCGAUGAGGGCGCGGAAGCCGUUCGCCACCCCCGCCAGCGACAGCGGCAACUGCCGCAGGCCGGCCUCUCCCGGCGCGCGGCUCGCCAGUUUGCUCAGCGCAAUCUUCUCCGGCAAGCGGCAGCACCCGGCUCCGGCGGACGACGAGCCGGCGUGCUCGACGGCUCCAUCCAGCGUGCGCCCCUGCCUCGCUAAGACACUGCCGUCGGCGCGGGCGCGGGUGACCCGGAGGCAGAGCCGGAGCAGGACCGUGCGUUUCUUGGACAUCGAAGGCGAUGUUGCUGUGGCCGCAGCAGCCGCCGGUUGCAUGAGAUUCCCGGUGGUCGAAGUGAAGGACAGCGGUGGCAGCGAGGAGAGCAGCGACGCAAGCUCCGACCUGUUCGAACUGGAGAGCCUCGCAGCCCUCGCUCCGGUGAACGGCAUCUCCGGUUGCCGUAGAACUUUCGAAAACGAGCUUCCGGUGUACGGCGACGAUUGGAACUGGGCUUGGGCACGACAUUGCAGUCGUCCGUCGCCGCCGUUUGGGUACGUCAGCCACGGUCGGAGUUAGGGAUGGCAAUCGGGCCUCGGAGUUGCAGAAGCUUGUUUGAUUUCAAAUAGGUAGAGGGGCGAACAUGUAAAGCUGUCUUUCUUCCGUUCGUUAUUUUUUUGUGGCAUUUUGUUCCCCUUUUCAGGGCUUCUAAAUUGCCCCGGAAAUAAAUGUAUCGGCUUAUUAUAUCU